AUGGCUAGUGACUAUCCACUGCUCGCCAAUUGCGCCCAGAGGGGUACGCCCAUACGGGGGUGUGCUCUGUCUUUUAACGACGCGCCUGAUCUCACUAAGCUCAAGUCGAAGUUCAAUGAGGUAUCGACUUUCGAUUGGUCGUAUCCCAGGGCACAGCCUCUAGGACCAACUAUCUACAACGUCUAUAUGCGUAAUAUAGAUGAGUUCAUCUGUUCUUUUGAGUUGAGCCGUGAGAACGAUGACUUGGAGCAGUUCAAAAGUACCCGCUUACACCCGGAAUUUGCUUCUCUCUCAGAUGAGGAGAUCUUGAAGCAGAUAGCUGACCUCGCGCAAGACCGAGCUCUCAUGAUCAAUUACUUACUUAGUUCUCGUGUGUCACCCGUCUACCACCAAGAUUAUGUUGAUGACCAUAGCCCUCCGGAUACCGAAUAUGAGAGACAGGAACUGAAGAAAGACCGACCACGUAUGGCGAAGAAGAUAGUCGAGGCCUUCUGGGGAUUCGCACACUCGGGAAAUCCCCUGCCAGCCCACCGUCACAAGCAACUGGGCAUAUCCUCUUAUGAUCGCUGGGCUGAUCGUAUUGAUGACAAACUAACAGCAAUGGCUGAGAGACUCAAGAAAGACCCACAGAAAAUGAGGGAUCUCAACCCAAUCGUCAUCGAAGACGAUGAUCCUGUUAACGAAGCCGACGACGAAGCCGACGACGAACCCAAGCACGUACUCGAGGACGUGACCAACACUAAAGGGGGCACCAAGUUCACUAAAGAACUCUCCAGCGACCGACAUACUACGAAGAGACGCAUCGUGCUACCGUUCCCGCCGAAUCGAUCCUCUACUCCAGAUACAGAGCAGACGUCGGAAGAAGCCGAUAAGAUGGUCUCGCCUAAAUUUGGAGAGUUCCAACUCGAAAGCCCAAAGAGGAAAGAUCGAAAGUAG